UAGUAGUCUUCGCUAAAUUGGUUUCAGGCCCGCGCGGCAGUUAAUUGUUAUAUCCAGCUCUUCCCUCUCGAUUCUCUUUCUUUCCUCAGCUCUCACAUAACGUUUUUUUUAGUCAGAGAAGGCAGUUUCUAGGGUUUUUAUUGUUGCUUUUCUUGCCCUAGAUUGUGUUUUACGGGGCGGAGUUUCUUCUUCUUGGGAUUAUUUUACUUUUCAAUUCACAGCUCAGUUUGACCGUCAGCCGUUUCAUUGAAGGAAGAUGUCUGGGUCGUUUGAUCGCUUCGCAAGGCCAUGUUUUGAGGGAGUUUCUAGUCUUGAUGAAAGAAAAGAGAGGAAGCCCAAUUUGGAGAACUCAGAAGAUGAUAGGAGGACAAAGAUGGGAUCCUUGAAGAAAAGGGCACUAAGUGCAUCAACUAGGUUUCGACAUUCAUUGAGAAGAAAAAGCAGCAGUAAGAAGAAUAGCGACAACCAGGUCCUUGGUUCAAUUGAAGACGUGAGGGACAUUGAAGAACUACAAGCAGUUGAUGCCUUUCGUCAAUCAUUGAUCAUGGAUGAGCUUUUACCUACAAAGCUCGACGAUUAUUAUAUGAUGUUAAGAUUUCUAAAGGCAAGGAAAUUUGAUAUGGAGAAAGCAAAACACAUGUGGGCUGACAUGAUUCAGUGGAGGAAGGAAUUCCAUGUUGAUACUAUUUUGGAGGAUUUUGAGUAUACUGAGAUAGAUCAAGUCCUGAAGUACUAUCCACAGGGCUAUCAUGGUGUCGAUAAGCAGGGAAGGCCUGUUUACAUUGAAAUAUUAGGAAAACUCGAUCCCAACAAAGUUUUGCAAGUGACAACUAUGGAUCGAUAUGUAAAAUAUCAUGUUCAGGAGUUUGAAAGAUGUUUCCAGGUCAAAUUUCCAGCAUGCUCAAUUGCUGCAAAAAGGCAUAUUGACUCAAGCACAGCCAUAAUUGAUGUUCAAGACGUGGGCUUAAAAAAUUUUUCUAAGAAUGCUCGGGAGUUAAUUACACGGUUGCAGAAAAUUGAUAACGACAACUAUCCAGAGACUUUACAUCAAAUGUUUAUCAUCAAUGCUGGUCCAGGUUUUAAAUUACUGUGGAACACAGUGAAGUCUUUCCUUGAUCCGAAAACAACUUCAAAAAUUCAUGUUCUUGGAACCAAGUAUCAGAAUAGGCUUCUUGAUGUAAUUGAUUCUAGUGAAUUACCUGACUUUCUUGGUGGUUCUUGUACCUGUGCUGAUCAAGGUGGAUGCAUGAAAUCUGAUAAGGGUCCAUGGAAAGACCCUUACAUAAUGAAGAUGGUCCUUAGUGGAGAAGUACAUUGUGUUAGGCAAAUUGUUACCGUCUCAAACAAUGAAGGGAAGAUUAUUGCUUACUCAAAUCCACAUUGCUCUUUGAUGAAGGGUGGUGAUGUGUCUACAGCUGAGUCUGGGUCUGAAGUUGAAGACAUGAAUUCUCCAAAAGUUACUGGUGGUUACAUUUCUAAUUCUCAGUUGACGUCUGUCCAUGAAGAGGCUAAAACAGCUGGGAAAACAAUGCAUUCGGCGGUCUUUUCCGAUUGUGAUGGUUACGUACCUAUGGUUGACAAGACCGUGGAUGCACAAUGGAAGAAUAAAAUUUCUGAAGCUUCCUCAACAGCAGACGGCUUUCCUCCCUCAGAUGAUACCCCUAAGCUUCGUGGUAUUAGAGCUCAAAUCACGGCAAUGCUUGAGGCUUUCAACUUGAUGGCUUUUAGUAUAAUUCGUUCAGUCAUCAACAAUUUGACCACAAAAUUUCCACAUUAUACUUUAGAGGCUAGCUACUUCAGUCUCCCUUCUACAUUAGGUCCUGCUAAAAAGCGGGAAAAUCGUAGUCCGCCAACUUCUGCAUUCACAGAAACCGAGCUGUUUUCUUCUGUUGUGGGGAGACUUGGGAAACUUGAAGAAAACGUUGAGAUACUUCAGGCAAAACCAUCUGAGGUGCCUUAUGAGAAAGAAGAAUUGCUUACUGCUGCUGUCCGUCGUGUGGAUGCAUUAGAAGCUGAGCUUAUUGCCACCAAGAAGACUUUGCAUGAAGCUCUUAUAAGGCAGGAGGAACUGCUUGCAUACAUCGACCGGCAACGAGAGAGAAAUUAUAGGAAGUUCUGUUUCUGAAAAAAAAAACAAAAAUUCGCAUAGAGGAACAAAAUAUGGGUCUUGUAGAGGGGGACAAAAAAUUGCAAAGGACACUCUUGCUCAUACCAUGAUUAAGUAAUGUAUUACUUUUGUACAUAUGAAUCUUGUAGAGGUUUACGGGUCUAUAUGCUUUUGCAUAAUGGCUCCGGAAAUAUGAUCUUAAUUUAUCAGCUUUUGCUGUUUUGUAUAUGCCUGCAAAUAUCUCUUUUGAUGUAUUAAAUAAUGAAAGUAAAUUAUGCUUAUUAUUACUGUAAUGUUGCCAUAUAAGAUGUGAAUUAGGCAGAUAGAACCUCUGUAACGAAUUGGCAAUAUUUUUAUUGUUUUC